CCCAUGUGGAUGUUGCAAACUGUCAACAUUACCUUACUCACAUCUCCAAGAGGAGGAGAAGCCUCGUUGCUCAACUAUAUAUUUUUUUUUUCCUCUACUUCCUCAUCCACCUUGGAAACUACACCUCGUACGCUACUCAAGAUGAAGGUUGUCGGAUCUACCUGCGCCCUCAAGAGCAAAGUCGGUGGCGAGGACGUGGUGCGCUGCCUGUCCGAUCAGAGCCUUACCAUCUCCAAGUGCAAGAUCCCGCUGCUGGACGAGCAGAUGAGCGUCUUCCUGCAGGACAUGAACAGCUGCUACAGCAAGCUGAAGGAGCUCGUGCCCACCCUGCCCACCAACAAGAAAGCCAGCAAAGUGGAGAUCCUGCAGCACGUCAUCGAUUAUAUCUGGGACCUGCAGGUCGAGCUGGACGAGCCGGAGAAGAGCCGCCAGCACUCCGCCGGCAGCGUCACCCGCACGCCGCUGACCACGCUGAACGCAGAGCUCGCCAGCAUCACAGUGGAGAAUGGCUGCUCAGAUGACAGGAUUAUGUGUCGCUAAGAGCUCGUGGAGCAUCGCACCGUGACCCCACAGCGAGCACCGCCAAGAACGAACAAGGCUACCUGAUGUGGACUUCUCGACCACAUCGAUAAAAUAACCUUGAACUGUGUAGGGACGUUUCAAACUCCCAAAGCUAGGAAAAAAAAAGAAUAAAUAAACGUUAUGUGUGUGCGUGCGUGGACAUCCUCCGGCGGCGAGAAUCCCUGCCACUCACGGCUCUCGAUUCAUCAGAGGGUCCUGAGACAGAGAAGAAGAAGAAGAAGAAGAAGAAGAAGACCGGUAGUGUCCAGAUAAUAGACUGGGUUAGCCCGGGAGGACCAAGACAGAGUUCAGCGCAGCCAGCAUCGCUUGUUGCUUGUAGAGUUUCUAAAGAAAAGCUAAUGUUUCUGUUACGCUCUUUGUAUCUUGUGUAAACCAUGUAGAGAAUUCAUUCAUUUUGUAAAAGAAAAAAAAAGUUAAUUUUCUCAGAUUCCUGAGCGACAAACUGUAUUGUAUAUUACAAUGCCUCAUUACGUGAAGAUAUUGUUUUCUUACAAUGUACCUUAUUGGUGUUUUUAUUAAAACAAGACAAUUAUUUUUGAACAAGAA